UAUACAGAUGCUAUUUUGUUUCAGCCUGGCCAGAGGAGUACAAGACCUAAAUGAGCCACCCACUCGCCGAGCUCCGUGGAAAUAUGCUUACUUUGGUGGUGACUGAAUGUCCUCUACACUCAACUCAGUGACCGUCAUCCAUCAGGAGCGGGUCUGAGAGAGCCACUUCACCUCCAGCGGCUAAAUGUCAAACCUCUGGGCAAAGUGAGAGCGCCACUCUGCGCCACACGGUGAUGAUGGGUGGACCAAGCGCAGCGGAGCGAUAAGGGCGCAUUUCUUAAUUUCCCUUCAACGUCGCGUUCCCCACUUCCCCUCGUCCUUCUAUCCAGCCCUGGACACACGACGUGACCCAGUGACGGCCGUGUUUCCCCCCGUUCACACACGUGGAUUGAUCCAAUGCAUUAUUUACGAGCGAAACUUCAGCAACUUGUCCACUGGAUAUGGCUCCCGGUGUGAGGAGUGAUGGGCGGGCGGGUCAUCCCGAAGUACCGGGAGCCUGCGGGGCAGACGCCUAUGAUGGAUGCUCACCGCGCAGGAGGGAAGCCGGAGGAGACAGGGGGAGGAGGUGUUUGAGGAGCGGUUUGCGAGCCGGAGCAGCGGGGAUGCUCUCAUACUGCCUGCUGUCUUUGGCUCUGCUUUCACUCCUUGUCCGGUGCGCUGUGGCCGCAGAGGAAAAACCCACCUAUGAUGCCUCUGGCUCCCCACCGAGGAGCUCCGCAUUCACAAGUCCUCAUGUCCAACCAAUGGCUGAGGUGUCAGCGAUGGGGGAGGUGCCUUUCCAAGUGGUUCAUUCGGACAGCAACGCAGAUGUAGAGGGCGAAGGUUUAUCGGGACAGCCGGCUUUUUCCUCCAUCUUAACUGUGAUGGCAGGAACUGUCAAACAUCCAGUGAGCCUUGAUCAAAGUAGAACCUUGCCAACUGUCAGUAAGGAUGAUACACUCACCACCCAAUGGCCUUCACAUAGUUCCAGCCAAGAUUCAGACAUGUCCUCCUCAUCAUCGUCAGUCGGAGACAGCUUCAGAGCACGCUCAGAGUCAGAAAUGGAUGAUCUUACAGCUGGAACAUCUAAAUCAGUUGUGUCCACUUUCCCCAAAGAAAAUGAGGUUAGUCUAAGCUCUUCUCAGUCAGAAAGGAUAAUCCUUUCUGCUGGGCCCAUCGAGAACACAUCUCAGGUAUCACUGGUGACCCCGCAACACGAUACCCCGACAGCCCCUGUGAAGCUCACCAUAACAACCGCAUCGCCGCCUACAAAAACUCCCACCACUACCACUAGCACGCCUUCUCCGAAAGUAAUGAUGGCGUCGACCACCACGACCACUCUGCAGCCCAAACCUGUUACCAGAAGAACCAUCACAACCAUCAGGACUUAUACCAGCAGAAGAACGUUCACAUUACCCAACCAAAGAGCAAACCCCCCGAGGGGGGCCACCGCCGUCUUCGUCUCACCUUUCACCACGACCACAGAGGCUCCACAGCCACAGUGCAAUAUAACUGAGAGGUUAUGGGUGAAAACAGUUGUGUCAAUCUACGUAAGACGGAAUAGGCUGGAUAGCAUUCAGAGACAGAACUUGCGAAGGGGACUGAGUCAAGGCCUCAGAAAAGCUUUGAAUGACACAUCAGCCCAAGCACAGGUGGAGACGGUUUUUGGCUCUCCCAACAUGACGGUGGCUUAUCACGUGACAGGAGGGGAGACAGUUUACCCUCCCUCUGUAGUAGCAGAGGGUUUGAUGUCCUACGGCCGUGAUAAGCUGAUUGCAGACCUGCGACAGUACCUCCCCAUGGUGACAGCCCUGCCUCUUCCUGUUGCUUUGUGGAGAUCCAGCCCCGCCACUGGCUUCCAGCUGAAAACAGUGUUGCAGUUUGUGGGUUCAGGUGACGACCCCCGAUCCUGUCGCUUCUUACAAACGAUGGAACAGAGACUUGAGAAGGUCUUUUCUGAGGCGCAGGCCAAAGUUCUCAGCGCUAAAAGCCGACUUGCAGUUCAGAUUCUGAGUGUUUCUCAGACACCAGGCUCUCCUGCUGUGUCUUUAGUCUACACUGUAAAGAACGGGACUGUAUUUCUUAAUGGAACAGUUGCCUCCAACCUUCUUGGUCAGUUUUCUGCUGAGCUGGUGGGCUACUUCCUCUUCUAUCCUCCUCUUAUUAUUGCUGAGCCACUUGAAUACCACAAUCUGAACACGUCUGUUGAAACCAGAGACUUCUGGGUUGUCACAGUGAUCCAGGAUGUUGAUAAUGCCAGCCUGGAGGGACAGUACCAAAGCUUUGCCAGUCUAAUGGAGCAGCGGUUGGCCGACUUGUUUGUGUUGGCAGGGCAACAGGGCACUCGUUUUAGACGAGCCACAACUGUGGGCAGCUUCACCGUCCAGAUGGUGAGCAUCCGCAGAGCGUCCGGGUUAAAGAAUCCAGCAGAGAUGACUUACUACGUCCAGCAUAAUGGGAUUCCUCUGUCUGGCACGUCAGCUGCCAAGGUCCUGAACACAGUGGACUCUCAGACCAUGGCACUCACCCUGGGCUACUUUGUCCAGGUGCAAGCAGAACCUGUGGUCAAGAACCCUCCAAAUAACCUCUGGAUUAUUGCUGCAGUUUUGGCCCCGAUCUCAGUGGUAACACUCAUCAUUAUUAUCAUCACAGCUGUGCUGUGCAAAAAGAACAAGAACGACUUUAAAGCUGACGCCAUUGGUAACCUCAAUCCCAGAGCCAAGAUGGCGUAUCGGAGAGACGUGAGCUAUUAUCACCAGCCAGUCCAGGGAUUUGACUAUGCCAAGCAGCACCUGGGCCAGCAGGGAGGAGAUGAGGAGACGCUGCCUGUCAGUCAGGAUACUUUAGUGAUGUCCCUACAAAUUCGGGAUACAUCACUGUCGCUAGAAAAGGCUCUGCAACAAGAUGGGACAGCCAACAAAAAAAGUCACACUGCUGACAAACACAAAAGCAAGUUGCCAAGUGAAGACGGUUCCGUCAUCAGCGACGAAUCAGAGAAGCUGAAUUCUAAGAGGGGCCUGACGGUGCCGAAAGUCACAGCGCAGCAGAAAUCGACAAAGGAGGAGGCCCGCAGGAGGGACGAUCCAUACGACACAUCUUCUGGCUCCCUGCAGCUAAUUUCCAUAAAGCCUGUAACUGCACAGACAAAUUGCUCCCACCCUGCAUUUUCCGACCGCAGCCAGGACUCAGCCAUCGUCAACGGAGAGGUUAGCUUGGCGUUGAAGCAGAAAUCAGACAUUGAGCACUACAGAAACAAGCUGAGGCUAAAAGCUAAGAAGAAAGGGUAUUAUGAUUUCCCGUCCACCAACGGCAGCAGCAGCAGUGGAGGUCGAGCCCUGGUGCAUAAACAACGGAGCGACUAUGAGAGGGAAGUCGGUGAGCAUGGCAGACCUCUGGAGCCAGAUGAUGAACAAGGGUCCACAUACGUCAAGUCUCACAGAAGGCAUUCCCAGGUCGGACAGAUGGCCUAUCGCAGCAGACAAAGCCUAAGCAGUCCAAGUCCCGGAGGAACUGAGAUGGACCUCCUUGUGAUGAGAGAGAGGCCCAGAAGAGGUAUCCGCAACAGUGGCUACGAUACUGAGCCAGAGCUAAUCGAGGAGACAAAUGUUGAUCAUCUUCUGGGGCCGCGAAGGUACAUGUAUGGUCGUGGCCUUAAAGGCCACUCAGAGACAUCCACUCUGAGCUCACAGCCAUCCAUUGAUGAAGUGCGACAGCAGAUGCACCUGCUGCUGGAGGAGGCCUUCAGCCUGGCUUCUGGGGGCCAGUCCACAUCUGGAAGGCAUGGCCACCACCAGCAGCCCCCUCCUGACCAAUACAGCCCUGCGCCUCCUCUCCCAUACGCAGACGUGGUCAGCAGCGUUCCAGGCACUAUGAGCUCGGGGCGGGGUGGACUCCACUGGGUGCCAUCUUACGGAGCAGAUAUUUAUCAGUGCAGCCUGCCUAAACCUGCCUUUCGCUUCACCCAGCUUCCUGAGAUGACCGUGGGUUCUCCGCCUCCUUUACCACCUCGCACUGGACCUCCUCACAGAACCUCCUUAAGACGUUCCACCUCGGACUUGGGGCCUAAGGGAAGGAGCUCAGAAACAUCUGUCACUGAAAUGCGGAGUCAACGUGAGAAAAACCCAUAUGGGCCAUUCACACGAGCAGCACUUCCAUCUAUCACUGCAGAACAGCCUGUCCCAAACUACUCAGGAAACCCUAUUACUGCUGUCUACGCCAUCCCUGCUGCAAAGCCAGGGUACUCAGAGUAUUUUGUUCCCACAUCCCCUACGUCCUACCACAGUCCCUCUUGGAUGUCCUACCCACCAGAACCUGAGGAUGUCCAGCCGCAGUGGACAGACUCUGUACCCUUACCUGGGUAUGCUGAAGCUUUUCCUAAUCCUCGUUACCCACAGGGGAGUCCCACCAGGCUACCCCUGCAGUAUAGCCAGACACUGGAGCAGCCGCCCACUGCCCCUCGCACAGUAUCUGAGCAAAGUCUUCCCCAGGUGCUGAAGGACAUGGACAGCAUGCCUCUGAGCAGCCUCUCCACCUCUGCACUUGUGCAGGCUAUAAGACAGGAGGUGGCCAAGCUAGCAAAGAAACAGAAUGACAUUUUUGAGUUUUAACAUACAGACGUGUUUGGGUCUUCGAAAGGGGCACACAAAGGUGAUGCUACUUCAGCUCCGUUUUUAAUAUUUGUACUCGCCAACAGACUGAUCUUUAAUUGCUGAUUAUCCACCUCUUUUUGCACACAACUGGUGUAUGUCAGCUCGUCAAUUAAGGAAACUUCUAAAGAUUUGUUUAAUUUUAGAAAAUAAUAAUUCCAUUCUCUGUCAAUGAUGUCCCAGGUAAUUAUGCACAUAUCUAUGUAGAUAUAUCAAUAGGAUAAAACUAAAGGUCAAAGACAUAUUUUUUCUGGACCAGAUUAGGAUCUUAGUGGGACUUACAAGAGAAAAUCCAUUAAUGUAAUCGUCUGUACUGAGAGGACCAAAUUCUUCCUGUCAGAUGGGUAAGUAUAACUCACAGUGUAUAUGAGCAUGUACAGUUUAAGGACAUUGUGUAUCUAACCAAGCCUGUUAUUAAGCAUCAGCUUAAACAAGAUGGGCAAGAUCAGGAUAUACUCUUUUAAACAUUAAUCUCAGAACGAAAAACACUUUCAUUUUUCAUUUUGCUUUCUGUAGUUUCUUUACAUGUCUGAGAAAAAUAGCAUAUCAACAACACAAACUACAGCCUUCCUUGAUAAUCUGAUGGUUCUGCUUUAAAGGUUUAGUAACUGGAAAUUAACAAAUGGACAAAAUACAAUUUAAAACUUCUUCUUUAAAUCUUAUUUUAAAUCAAUCUAACAGGAUUUAUUUGGGUUUACAUAUGAUGAUGUAAGGUGCAGUUGAGAUAUUUGAUUGCUAAAUUGGAUUUGUUGGUGAAUUAAGGUCUUUUCAAAGGAUGCAGGCUUGGGGAAUACUCUGAAUACAGAUUGCAAUACAAUACUUUAUUAGAGUUAAAUGUUUGAAUACUUCAGGAAAGUCUCCAGUGAGCUUCUGUCCACAACAAGGUCAACAGUCUGGCAGGUUUAUGAGUUUUGGGUGCUGCUCAAACAAUUUUGUUUACAAACAGCCAAAGUAAUGAAAAUGUACAAUUCUUUUUUAUGCUGUUUGUAGUCGAUAUUUUUACUCACCAGUCAUAAGUCUGUGACUCCAUGGCUAAUUUUAAGUAAAAUGUUCUUUUGCCAGUCAAACACCUCUAAUUAGCAAUGGUAUAAACUAUGAACAUGUCAGACUUUGUUGAGAUGUCUGAUACUAAGACACCUGCAGCAAAACCUUCAGGCCCAGUGGAUUGUAAAAUCGGGUCUUUACAUUGUGUCUAAAAUAAUGCAUUGCAACACAGUGAACCUUGUCAUUGCCUUUACUUGUUGGUGGAAAUAUAUUGGAAUUCAUCAAUGUAUUAUUUAUAGAUACCUUAUAUAGGAAGAUGUCUUCAAAAUGGUGAUGGACACAUGAAAUAAGUUCUUCACAUGUGAAAUGUUGACCUAAUAAAUUAUUUUGUGUAAGAUAUACCAGCGGAUCUUUAAGUUAGAAAAUCAUUGUAAAAUUGAUUUAUUUCAGUAAUUCGUUUCAAAAUGCAAAACUCAUAAUUUCUAAAUUCAUCACAAACAAAGUGAUGCAUUUAAUGGAAAUGCUGGGCAGCGUGCAAUAUUCCUCGGGUGUAAUGUCUCUGCAGUUCAUGUUCUGGUAAAAAUCAAGUUCUCGCACUGGAAAUAAGAUUUCAUUUUUAGAGGUAAUAGCACUUUGAGCAGGGACACAAAUGAGGAAGGUUUUUUAGGAGUCCUUAAAAGGAGCUAGCUAAUUGCGUUUUAUGACUUGAAGAUCAGAGCAUUACAAUACAGGGGAUCCAAAUCAGCUGCAUAAACUAUCCAGUCAAGUAAGGCGCACAUAGGAAAAUCAAUUCAAACAUGGUUUGUUUGUUUAUGUGUGUGAAAAUAUUCCAGCUCUGAGAAAGAAAAAACUUAGAUUUUCUGCAGAGAAGUGCAUGUAGUAUUGACCUGUAGCAGGGGUUGUGUGACUUGCAUUAACACUGAGAUUGCCAACUUGUACUGUAUGAUUUCUAAUAACCUUAAAAAUGUGGAUUAUUAUAUAAUCAGUGCUGGGAAGUUGUCAGCUUUGACGCCAGAGAGAUAUGUAUGAGUGAAGUUGCCUUUGACUAUUUCUCUUUCAUGGAACAGCAGGCUGCUUUUUUUUAUCAGUCCUGGAUGAAGUUAGCCUUUUAACUGUUGAACAAAUCCUUUGUCAACUCAAGUAACUGUUUAUUUAUCAUAUGACUCCAUGUGUAAGUAGAUACAUGAAGCCUCUUGUUCUCAAACUCACCAAGAACUCGGCCGUUACUUGUUUGGCGAGGCACCUUUGUCUUAAAAACAGUACUGAAAACCAUUUUUAUGUGAACACCUUUCUACAUUCUCAUGCUGGAUAACUACAGUAUUAAAUAAAAGUAUCUGAGGGUGUUUAUUGAAUGAAACGUGAGAAUUUAUUCAAUAAAGUUAAAAGUGAGCUAACUCUAUCGGAAAAUCAAUGUCUUUUUGUCCUCGUGUGGCAUUCCCUCAUUUUCUUUUCAUCUGUUGCUUGAUUUUAUUUUCACUGGUGUUAUUUAGGGAUGAAUCUAACACUGGAAAAAAGAUGGGAAUUGAGGGAAAUGUUAACCUAAAUAUUUCAAAUUAAAUAAAUGAUUUUAUCAAAUAAA